AACCAAAUCAACAACCAACUGAAAGCUCAUCAUGACCGCCGCUUCCUAUUCUAAGGCUUCCGACAGGCCCAUCACGUUUCAGACACUUGGCACCACCAUCCUCUACGGUUGUAUUGCCGGCGCAAUCGGUGUCGGAGUUAUGACUGCCGGUGAAAAGAUCGAACAACUCAUCUCCAGCCGUCCCGACUCCUACGUCCCCGCUCACACCCUCGAGCGCCUCCUCGGUCUCCCCGACAAGCCUGAUUCGGAGCGUUGGGGUCUCAAUCAUGUCAUGCACUACGGGCAGGGAGCUUGCGCUGGUGCGUUAAGGGCUUUGAUGAGUCUGUAUGGGAUUAGGGGACCUUUCGCGAAUUUCAUCUUUACAUGUAUGCGGUUGUGCGUUGAUCAGACGUUGGAGAACCUUACCGGUGUUGGUGCGCCGCCGUGGACUUGGCCUGUUUACGAGCAGUGGAUCGAUGUGUUGCACAAGGGCGUAUACGCUUUCGCUACCGGGUACAUCACCGACACCUGGUUCCCUGGCCAGUGGGUCGUUAUCGACGGAGACAAGAGGUGAGGUGAUGCGAUUUCACAAGAGAUACCGUGAAACCCACGUAGGGCAAGAGAGUGUACGAUAAGCAUGACAAGAGUAUUAAUAUACCCGGAGUCAGUCUUGGUGAGUCCCGACGAGGUCCGCCACGGCGAUGCCAACUACAAAGGCGUACCGUACUAGUACUGUGAUGAUAGCAAGAAGUUCAUAGUAAUAUUCCAAGGUGAAUAAUAUCGUCCU